AUGUUUCACUCCAUACUUCUUCAGAAGACCAGCAAAGAUCUUGUUGAUGAAGUGGUUCCCCCCGUCGCUUAUCACAACUCUCGGGAUUCCGUAUCUAGGAAAGAUGACGGAUUUGAACAGCUUGAGCACUGGCUUGUGAUCGUUGGCAGGGCACGCGAUCGCUUAAACCCACUUGGACACGUAAUCGACCGCAACCAGCUGGCUCCUCCACAAUUCCACCAUACACUCGGGAGUCAAUGCAGGAAGCGACCGACUCGCUUUUCCAGUUCCCUUACUGAAGGUUUGAGCUUGGAAGAAAGUGUUAGGAUUAUGACCGACAAGAGAGAAAUCCCAUAUAGAUCUGGCUCACGCUUUCUGAGUCAGUUAGAUCUAGGUUUGGGGGUGCUAUAUGUUGAGCUCGAUCGAGCUAUCUUUGAUGUCGAGGGAAUUGAGAUAGAGUCAGAAAAGGGAAAAUAA